AUCCGUUCCUGGUUGUGUCACAUGAAUAAGGAACCGGGUGAAUAAGGAACCUUGUAAACCAGGACAAACAAUAUCAGGAAUCUUCCUCUCCUCGACCUACCAAAGGGAUCAAAAUGCAAAAAGUGUGGAUGGAGCCUCCCGAGUGGCGCAGCGGUCUACGACACUGCAUCGCAGUGCAAACUGCUUGCUACAGAUGCUGGUUCGGGACCCGUGCCGGCUGCGACCAGGAGACUCAUAAGGCGACGCACAAUUAGCCCAGUGUCGUCCGAGUUAGGGGAGGGUUCUGGUAAGAUGCUGGCAAUGUUGGCUGAAUUCCCGUAGACAGAAAUGCUGGCAAAGUGAUCACAUAACCAGCUAAGGAACAUUAUAACACUUACAUCACCACGUUACAAUGUCAAUUGAAUAUCAUUAAAUGUCUUCAUAUUCAGCCUAUUCUGGGCGGAUUCUGGGCAGUCGUUCAUUUUGAUCCCGGCCUCCUGGAAGAGGGCCGCUUCUGGGUCGAUUCCUCAUUGCUAGCUGGGGCAGCAUGAGUUCAUAAAAGGGUUGGCUGUCAACGUUACGAAAAUGAUCUGCCCGCAUUGAUGUUGCCCAGAAGCCGUGCGUUAUUAUUACAGUCCAAAGGGAAUCCAUGCAACCGGCUAUAUACUCAUAUACCCUGUGGACCGGUCCGUACAUAAAACAUUCACCAUUCUGGCUGCAAAGGUGUUGAGUUCCUCCUUAACUUCAUUAAAUAGCGAGAAGGCAGAAAACAAACUGGGAGUACAUGUAUACUUUCUUUAUGAAACACCAUUUUCCACCACUAUGCUUGAGUGGCUAAAUGCUAGUCCCGGAUGUGGCAUAUCGCGUUCUACCGAUCAGGUUGCAGCAAUCUGUUGUUUUUUACGCUUGCUCUGAACAAAUUACUAUAUGAUUAGGUGACACCAUUAAUUCCUCUGUGAAGACUCUUUGAAAACAAAUGAAGUUGGUUAAAAGGUAGACUCAGCGAUAUGACGCAGAUGCAGAAGGGUAAACAUUAUAGUGGGUCAGUUUCCGCAACAAUUAAGCGUGUUGAAAUAGAGUUAUGCUACCCAACCCGAGCCCAACGGGCCCUGACAUUACACAUCGGGUUAGGGCCGAGUAGGGCCUGUUUUUUUUCCAUCAAUAACUAGGGUACAGGCUCGGGUAACACCAAAUUGAACACUAACAUUUUGAAGCUGAGCCAUUUGUUUGUUUUCUACUGCCACUACAGUCAUAUCUGACUAAGAUCAUAACAUGGUGCCUCAACCUCAUCAAAUAUAAAACAGGUGAGAUUAUGGAAAAAAAAGUUUUGUCAGAUCUUAGUGACAAAGUAGCUAACAGCUAAGUGCUCUCAUGUCUCUUUAUUGAGCAGAGCAGCCCAAGUGGAGCCGUUGCUAUGGAUACACACAGACUCAGAGCCUCCAGCGGAGCGCAUGCAGAGCGAGCUGUGCGCAGGGAGCGAGUGAUAAAAAGAGAGGAGCAGCUAAUGGGUUUACUAACAGAGUAAGUUAUUUCUGAUUUGGGGUUUUGGUCAGGGCCUGGCCUUACAUUUGGGCGGAAGCAAUCAUACCUGGGUAGGGUCUGAACAUUGCCUGCAUGGGUAGGGCUUAAAAUUCAUGCCUUUGCUGUGCUCUACGUUGGCGCUCGGGGCUCAAUUUCUCCACUGUUUUGGUGCUCUGGCUACCAUGCUGUGGACAGCGUGAAGCGAAUCCGUGCACAUGCGUAGAUACUGUGUGAGAGCGAAGUCUUGCAUCUCUCUCAUCUGCGGUGCUGCUCGUGACAACCAUUGAGUCUACCUUUUAAGAUGGCAUCUCAUGUAGACAACAUACACAGUUUGAGCUACUCCGGGAAGUCACAUUGCAGGCUAGCUCAGUACCCCCCUCCCAUCGAGUAACUCCAGUUGAAGGCCACCUGGGUACUGCAGGCUGCCAUUAGCAACUCAAAUAUCCUUAUCUUAUUCUGUGUUCUGUUUUUAAUGUUUAAAUAAUCAGUUCCAGGAAGUACAUAUGCUGUAUUAGAAGCAAUUAUUGGUACCAUGAUUGGUUCAAAAUAUUUUCUUAUUUACGUGAAGAUUGACCACGAAGAUCGCAGUUUUUCAAUUCACUAUACUGUUUUCUGCUAACAAUGCGUGCAGUUGCGCGGUCAGCCAUGAACCUCUGUGGCUUAAUGAGAGGGGGGAAGUUGAUCUCCCCUGGUCUGAAUGCUGUGCCUAAUGUCAGGAAGUAGCAUUAGCCACCACAGCAUGGUGUUGAAAAAGGUGUUUCAUAAAGAAAGCAUAUUUCCCCCCCCCCCCACCUACUCCCCAUUAAAUCCAGUUAAGGAGGAAAUGUACGCUUUUGCAGCCCGAAUGGAGAAUGUUUUAUGUACGAACCAGUCCACAUAUAGCCGGCUGCAUGGAUUCCCUUUGGACGGUAAGAUGAAGCGUCUCAAUAUCGCCAUCUGCUGGCCUUUGGUCUAGAUAGAAAAAAUGUGGGCGUUGGAUGUCUUGCUUCCUCUUCUGUCUCUGAUUGUGUCAAUGGCUUGCCCUUUUACUUUUGUCUUUCAGGUGUUUCAUGUGAGCCUGGUAUGAUCUGUCCUCAGUACUAUUUACACUGGAAGAAAAAAGGCCUGCCCAUUGGCAGAUGGUAUCCUUAUUCGACUUGGCUUCCUUUGGGAGAGGCUAACUGUGUGGCAGUAUGUCAGAUGGGAACGAGUCCUGCAUGUUCAGCGAUGGAGCUGAGUUUGUGGCCUGCAUCUUUCACGCAUUCGAGGAAUGGUCAGGACUAGGACCCCUGGAAGACUAUCUGAGCUAUCUGGAGUACCUGGCCUGGGUUUUCACCCCUCUGGUCGUUGUUUUCAUCCUGCCCUUCCUCAUUGUGAUCCUCCUCUACCUCUCCAUACUCUUCCUCCAUGUGUACAAACACAAGAACCAGCUCAGGGAGGCCUACUCCAACAACCUGUGGGAUGGUGCUAGGAAAACUCUGGCAACGUUGUGGGAUGGCCAUGGGUUCAUUUGGCACGGAUAUGAAAUCCAUGGUAUGGAGAAGAUUCCAGAUGAAGGAGCAGCUCUUAUAGUCUAUUAUCAUGGGGCUAUUCCCAUCGACUAUUAUUACUUUCUGGCAAAUGUCAUCAUUCAGAAGGGACGGAUUGUUCACUCAGUCGCUGAUCACUUUCUGUUCAAAGUUCCAGGGUUCAAGCUGCUGUUGGAGGUGUUUAGUGUGAUCCAUGGGCCCCAGCAAGAGUGUGUGAAGGCACUGGAAAGUGGCCACCUCCUGGGCAUCUCACCUGGAGGCGUGAGGGAGGCGCUCCUCAGUGACGAGACCUAUCAACUGCUCUGGGGGAAGAGAAAGGGCUUCGCACAAGUGGCUAUCGAUUCCAAAGUGCCAAUAAUUCCCAUGUUUACUCAAAACGUCCGGGAAGGAUUCCGAUCUCUCGGCGGGUUAAGCUUUUUCAGAUGGUCGUAUGAAAAGUUCCGCGUGCCGAUGGCCCCCGUCUAUGGGGGUUUUCCUGUGAAGUUUCGUACAUACUUAGGUGACCCCAUCCCAUAUGACCCUAACAUUAGUGCAGCAGAGUUAGCUGAAAAGACCAAUCAAGCAGUUCAAGCACUCAUUGACAGACACCAAAUUAUUCCUGGGAAUGUCCUUCGAGCACUACUAGAGCGAUUCCACAGCAGGCAUAAAGAAAAAUAGCCAUAAGGAAUAUCAUUUUUUUGUUGUUAUGAAGCAGCAGCAUAUUUUUAAGACACUGUUACAUAUUGAAAGUAUUAUCAUGUGAUCAGUUGAAUGGUUAACUACAGAUUUGGAUCUUAAUUUGAGCCAGUCUCCUAUUGCAGGAAAAUAAUCCUGUAGAUUAUAAUUAAUGGACAUUUUUGUAGUGGUUGAUACAUUUUUCAUAAGGAAACUCAGUGGAAAUUACAAACUUCAGAAGCCUUUUUAACCUCAAAUACACUACAAACUUCUCCUACAAUAGGCUGAUCAAAUUAAGGUCCUACAUUAUUAUUGUAGGUGUACCUUCAGGAGCUUUUUGAACUCAGAUUUUGUCACAAAACAAUAUGUACCGAAGGUAAAUUGUUAUGGUAUAAUACACCGGAAUUGGUUAAUGUCAAAUGUGCAUAUUGAAAUUGUAUAGUGUUUUUUGUGCAAGUAUGUAGAUACUUUGAUUCCACAAUUGAUUUGCACACAUUGUUUUAAGUUCCACAACUGCCAACAAUUUCUAUUUAAGAAGCCUUUAUUUUGAUUAAUAACUGCAAAUAUUGAAGCGAUAUAGACAUUUCUAUAUAAGAAGCAAUAUAGGUAUGAAGACCGGGCAGCUUUAUUUCCUUUCACCUGGGUAAAAUGUUUGAAAUUUUAUUUAAAUAAUUUUGUAAUUUCCCCCAAAAAAUGUAUUGUGGAAUUAUGUAAGUAUGUACUGUAGUUGUUGCCUAUGCACCUUUUUAUUGAGGUCCAUUAUGAAACAGGACAGAAAUGAUUUGUAAUGUUAAAAUAAAUAUAUUUUAUUAUGA